AUGGAGCAACUGGCGCAUGACAAGGCUGAGGCUGCAGGUGCCAGAGACGCACCCGCCGGGGCCACUGCCCCCUACGCGGAGCAGACCCCAGAGGCCGUCGCUCGGUUGUGCCGCUCUCUCGAAGACGCCGCCAAGGACAAGAAGAAGGCUGGCUUCAGCGCCAAGAAGAGCAAGUUCAGCGUCGCCGGCUCCCGCGAUGCCCUGGCCGUCGACUCGUGGAAGUUCCAGGAGUACGACUACAAAAAGCGGGAUCUGCCCACCUACGCGCGCGGGCUCUUCACCACAAGGACCCGGAACAACGUCCCCGAGAUUGCCAUCCGCGGCUACGACAAGUUCUUCAACGUCGGUGAGGUCCACGAGACCCGCUGGGACAUUAUCGAGACCCAGACCUCCGGGCCCUACGAGCUCACCCUCAAGGAAAACGGCUGCAUCAUAUUCAUGAGCGGCCUGGAGGAUGGCACCCUCCUUGUUUGCAGCAAACAUUCCACCGGUGACCGCAGCGACGUCGAUCUCAGCCAUGCCGCAGCUGGCGAGCGGUGGGUCGAGCGGCAGCUCCACGCCCUGGGCAGGACCAAAGAUGAUCUCGCCCGCGAGCUGAGGGAGCGGAACGCCACGGCCGUCGCCGAGCUCUGCGACGACGAUUUCGAGGAGCACAUCCUGGCCUACGGCCCUGACAAGGCCGGUUUGUACCUACACGGUAUCAAUAUCAACGUCCCCGAAUUCAUCACUUACCCCAGCACCCUGGUACACCAGUUCGCCGAUGGGUGGGGCUUUCGCAAGGUCGGCGUCCUUAAGAUGGAGACGAUCACCGAGGUCAGAAGGUUCCUGGAGGAGUGCGCAGAAAGCGGUGCGCACGAGGGCAGAGACGUCGAGGGCUUCGUCAUCCGGUGCAAGCGCUCGUGGGACCCGUCCACCGUGAAGCCUUUCGACUGGUUCUUCAAGUACAAAUUCGAGGAGCCCUACCUGUUAUACCGACAGUGGAGAGAAAGCACAAAGGCACUGAUUGCAGGCAAGCCGCCCAGGUUUAAGAAGCAUCGUGCCAUCACCGAGGAGUACCUCGUCUUCGCAAAAAAGAGACUUGCAGCCGACCCGAAACUCGGCAAGCUUUACAACCAAAACCAUGGCAUCAUCGCCUUGCGCAACGACUUCCUCGCCUUCAAAAACAUUGACGGUGCUGACGCGGCCAAGUUCGAGGAGCUGUACGGAGGCAGCGGGAAGACCGAGGUGGAGCGAGACGUCAUCCUCGUUCCCAUCGCGACCAUCGGCUGCGGCAAGACGACCCUUGCGGUCGCCCUCUCCAAACUCUUCAACUUCGGCCACGUCCAAAAUGACAACAUCACCGGCGCCAAGCGCCCUCCACGCUUUACCAAGAUGGUACUCGAGCAGCUGGAGGCUCAUUCCGCCGUCACUGCCGACCGUAAUAAUGCCCAAAAACACGAGAGGAAGCAGAUUCUCACAGAUGUCAAGAUGCAACAUGGGGAUGCCCGCCUCGUAGCCCUCAACUUUGUGCACGACAACAUCGACAGGGUUCGAGAGAUCACGCAGGACCGUGUCUUUGCUCGUGGUGACAACCACCAGACUAUUCAGGCUGCCACAGACCCGAACAAGGUCAAAGGGAUCAUGGAAGGCUUUCUGGCCCGCUUCGAGCCUUUAGACAUCGACCGGGCGCCAGACGACGGCUUUGAUGCCGUCGUCGAUCUUGACCCACUCGCGGGAAGCCGAGCGAACCUGGAGACUCUGGUGAACGAGCUCCAUCGUCUAUACCCCAGGUUGGUCCAGAAUGUCCCCGAGGACAUGGACCGUGUCAUCGAGGAAACCAUGGAAGAGUACCGCCCUGAUUUACGGCACACGAUCCCCGAUCGGAAGAAGCCCGGCAAGGAGAACCAAAACGGCACCCAGACCCAGCCCCAGAAAAAGGCCAAGAAGAAACCCCUGGAGUUCAUGUCGGUCGACGUGCCAGCAAAGGAGACCAAUGCCCUCCUCGAGAAGACCUUCAAGGACGUCGGCUCCGAAAAGGCCCGCUUCUACAAGCUGCUGUCGCGCACCCGCCGCAUCCAGCCCAAGUUUCAUGUCACACUCAUGCACCGCGCUACCUCGAAAGACCACCCUGAACUUUGGGACCGAUACUCGAGACUGCAGGCCGAGGCCGAGGCCAGCACAGGCAUCCCUGACAGUGCACUAGGCGAGGUUGAGAUCGUGUUGGAGCGCGUUGUCUAUGACAACCGCAUCAUGGCAAUUGUGGUUAGGCUCAACGAUCCGGAGAAUAAGUGGCACUGUGUCAACAAGGUUGCACACCUGACAAUUGGCACCCGGGAUGGCAGCAUCAAGCCCAAGGAGAGCAAUGACCUGCUAGGACGGUGGAUAUCCGAGGGAGCUGGCGAGCACUCGGAGAUCGAGGACAUUGGGUUUGAAGGACGGCCAAGCGUCAUGGGCGUCGUGAGAGCUGUCAUGGCUAGAUAG